GAGGAAGAGGGGGAGAGGGAAACGCUGCGACACACGCCGGGACGCGGAGCGGAGAUUCGAGCCAACGAUUGUGGAUCGGAGUUGUUUGCGGCUCGCCGUUGAGAUUACAGCCCGUCGCCGAAAGACGAGAGGAAGGUGCAAGUGUAGCGUCGUCGCGACGACUCGCGGAACUCGACGUUCAGGCGGAGAAGAAGAAGGUGGAGAGAGAGAAGAGCCGGAGAGGAGCCAGUAACAGGUGGAAACAGUUACAGUUCUAGAGUAACCGGAGAAGAUGGAUCAAGGUUUCCCGGGGCAGCACACCACCACGACCACCGUGACGACCUCGACGACGACGACUCAGCCCAACGUGCGGUUCGAUCCGUCAUAUGCGAGGACAUUGCCUGGCAUGUUGAAGAUCGUCCAAGUGGUACUAAACCUCUUGGGAUUUAUAUGCAUAACGGUGUCGACUCACAGCAGCCACAGCCGGGGAGGAUGGUUCAAUACCGUGGCCAUGGGCGGCUUCUGGUUCACGGGGAUCCUGCUCGUACUCUAUCUGUUCCACAUUGUGGAGAAGUUCGUCAGGAUUCCGUGGCUUAAAAUUGAAUUCAUAUUCUGCACGAUAUGGACCGUCUUCUACCUGCUGGCCGCUUCCCUCGCAGCCGACUAUGCACGUUACACGGAGGCUUUUGGUGUGGCCGCGUUCUUCGGGUUUUGCGCAAUGGUGGUGUACGGCUACGAUGCUUGGCUGAAGUUUAAAGCGGCGAAGAGCGGAGCGCUGGCGCAGGGCCAGCACACGCCGAAACAAGUGUCAGCCGUCACCAGCCCGGCGUAUUAGGUAUUCGGAAGCGGAAGAGGGCCCACGGCAGAAUGGACCACACCGGUCGAUCUCGACCGGACCGAUCGAUCGAUCGGCAACAUAUCGUUACCUUUGUGCGGGGCCAGUCCUUUUUGUAAUCCCGGCGCGUUUCUCUCGUACGUUCCUCUCACGUGGAAACGUCAACGCGGCACGCACGACGCGCGUUCGAGACGCGUGCUCGUGCGUGCAUACGCUCGUUUGUCCACGCCCGCGCACGUACACUCGACUUUCCUUUCGUCUCUUUUUCUCUCUCUCUUUUGUACUCUGUAACAUGGCAAUAAUCUACACCACGGCGUAGCGUUAACUUACAUUCUAGUAAGAAGAGGACGACGCGGCUUCCGCGUACACGCGUCAUCCGCCGAACAACGAUUGUUAACAUUUUGUAAUAAUGUUCGCCGCGUCUUUGCUUUCGAUCGACUGUUAUUUAUGCGAUCAUGUAUGUGUACAUAUAUAUAUCUAUACACACGUAACAAGUCUAUAAACGUUGUUGAAUCCGUAUCUUAAAUUAUUGUUGGAAACCGAGGCAACGCUUAGGCAUCGUGGUGGUGGUAAACGAUGCUCGGGCGUAUUUUAGCGCGAUAGCUAGUGCCGUUGCAAGUGCUAGUUUCUAUUUUCAUCCUCUGGCUUUCUUAUUCGCAACUGGACCGGUCAAUUUUAUCUUCAGCGAUUGUUUGCGCUUUUCCGCUAACGAGACAUUUCUGCUUUCGUCGAUCUUUAUUCACGACUUGAAGAUUUUUUGAUUUAAGAGAAACAAUUGAGUAUACGUCAUGUGAAUGAAUUUAAUGAAGAGCGAUAUUUCUGUAUAAAAUGACCAUGCAGUGUGUUCGGCCAUUUGCAAGCAAGAACGAAGUGUGUAGAAAUUAAGGAAGAGUUUUUCCUCGUUAUCGUUGUGCGCGUAGCCUUCGUAGACCGUCAUAUAGAUUUCUUAGAUCGUUCGAUAUUGCUCUUUGUAAGCCCCUAACACAGCGGAAGGGAUUAAGAGUGCAGCUGCGACUGCGCCAAUUGUACAGGGGAGCGCAAGAAAAUAAUGUAGCGUGAUCACAUAUGCAUAUAUAUAUAUAUAUAUAUAUAUACACAAAUAAUAGACGCGUUACUUGGCUCGCGACGAACAUAUUUGCCGCGUUCGUCAUCAUAUCGGAUCAUCAUAUCGCGUUACGCGGUACGCGUAAUCUCGCGGAAUGACGCCCACGAGAUUUUCUCUAUGUCACAAACGAGAAUAAUUUGUUACGAUGUACUCGAAGCGUAGUGGACACUCUGUUGCGACUCGCGUAAACUGUACAUAUUUAUUAGUUUUGUUACCUUUAUUCAGGCUGGAAUCUCUACAGGUAUACAAUCGAUAUGUACACAACACGGUAUACACUUGUAUCAAUGUCUAGUUAAAAAUGAUCUGACGGGAGAUCUGACGAGGAUAUUAGUAUGCAUAAUGAUGAUCGGCGGAAUAAAAGUCUCAACGUCGGUAAAUGUAUUCAACGAAAUAAAUAAUUGAUUGUUGUUUCCUGGA